GUUGCGGGCUGCGAAGAUCCUGCUCUUCGUCGACACGGCCAUACGCGUCUACGGCCGCCGCAUAUCUACCCUCAUCGCUGCGAUGGGACUCAAGUCGUUCCUUCGCUCGCUAUUUGCCCACUGCAGCCUGCCGUUCAUGGCUACCCCCACCGAAGAACUGCCCAUGCAGCUCAGCCAGCUACUCCAGCCAAAUGUGAGCCAGCCGCUAGAUCCGACUCAGAAGAGGCUCUUUGAUAUGACCAGCCUUGAGAACUGCUAUCUCAAUGGCAAUCCAAAACUCUACGACUGUGUUAUAACCAAUGUUUGGCUCUACAAGGCAACAUCUCUGUCGAACCACGAGUUCAUCGUGCUCAACGUCACGUACCAUGGCAGGGACAUUGGCUUCCUGCGGGCGGAACGCACCGUCGACCGUCCGGAGUCGAACGGGUCUUCCUGGACGCCGAACGCGUCUUCCUGGAGCAUCUCCACCGUCUCCAGCGUCUCCAGCACCUCCAGCGGCACCGCACCCGCAUCUCCGAGCCUCGGUGUUCCUGCUCACGACAUCGUCACCCUAUGCGCUACAGAGAACAGGCAACUGUUGACGAAGGACGGGGAACAGAUUGCGCAUAGUGCCUUGGAUCCUCCCCCCAGCUUUGCUGCCAUUGUUGCUGCCUGCUUGGUAGUGAGCCGGCGCAAGCCAUUCUACGAAUUGCUUAGCGGCCAGUGCUACUGGUUCGCAGGCGUCGUGAUCCGUCUUAUCUGUGAUGACGGCGCGAGGCUGGAGCGAAUACUCGAUACCAAACACAAGGAAGGCGAAUGGCAGAACUUCCUCCGCGUCAUGUCAGGUGCGAGGAUGAACGCAGGAGCUGAGAAGCUCAGGUCCAAGUACACAGCGACCCUGCUGCAGCUCCGUAACCAAGCAAAUACCAGAGUGCAGGAAGCAGGGAGGCAAGUGGAACUGCGCGAGGAGGCAGAGAGGCAGGCGGCAGAGGAAAGGAGGCGGAGGGAGGUGGUGGAGAGGAAGGCGGCAGAGGAAAGGAGGCGGAGGGAGGAGGCGGAGAGGAAGGCGGAAGACCUCCAACGAAUGUUGAAUGAGCUGCGCGCGUCCCAGGGACUGACAGCCGCAGACACCGCACCCGAGGCCACGCCGACUGACGGCCACGGCCAAUCGUCAAGCAUGUACGCUUGACCCACCCCGAAUGGCCUCUACUUUGCUGUUCGUUCUAUCCGCUAUUGCUCCCAUCUUUGCCCUUGUUCGUCGUUCGUCUGCAGCCCCAAUCUGAUCCUUCUCCUCAAUACUAAACACAUCUCGCUCUAUGUUGUGUACUACCAUUACGACUCGGACUCGGUUCUGCGUCGCUCUGUUGUGCUGUACUCCAUUGCUCGUCAUCCUUGCUUUCGUGCUGUCGAAUGUAUUCACUGAUCUAUGAUUUUAUGCCGCUGUUCACAGUGACU